CCGUGUUGACCUUUUGUCGCGCGCUGCAUGCCGGGAGUUGUGACCUUGUUCAGUUCUUUGCUGCUCCAGGAUGGCCUCAAGGUUGCUUUGUCGUCAGAUUUUCUCUUCUGUCCGCCGUGCGGUGGUCCCUCCAGCCGCCACUGGCGUCCGGCACAUGGCAGUCGGAGGUGUCCCCACGGAUGAUGAACAGGCCACUGGUCUGGAGAAGAGAGAGUUGGACGCGAAGAAAGCUGGCAUUGCGGACCCUUUUAGUAUGGAAAUCAACACAACCCCUCCCGGAACAAGAGACAGUCCCUGCAUGGUGCCCUCCAUUUAUGAGCGCCGCCUCGUCGGCUGUGUCUGUGAAGAAGACGCCACAUACAUCCAGUGGAUGUGGCUAGAGAAGGGGGACGCCCAGCGCUGUGAAUGUGGACACUGGUUUCAGCUGCAGGGAGUCACCCCUCCAGGUGCUGCGGAGGCUCACCACUGACCCCUGACCCCCACCUGCACCAAUAGCGUGUCUGCAUCCUUGGUAACCAUGACAACGACCCUUUCAGCUAGACCACUGUACAGGUCACUAGUCUGUGAGACUGGAACUAAGAGUUACCAGUUGUCUCUUAUUAGUGUUACAACUACAAACCAAAAGCACAAUAUGGUGACUGUAUAAUAGCACCUAAGGAAAACAUCCCGGAUUAAUUCUUUACGUACAGCCUAUGAUGACGAUACUUAAAAUUUCUAACAUGAAUCGGUUGCAAAAGUUUGCUCCAAAUUCAGUCUGGCUUUAGAUGUCUGCAACUAAGAUAUACAGUACAAUACUCAGGAAAAUUGAACCUAAGUGUUACCCUGUUUGGCCGAGCUCUAAAUCUUAAAAACUCUGGGAAACUUUGCAGGUUUAUCUACAGAAUUUAACAACAUAUCUGUAAUGACAUGGUGCCUGAUGAUUCAGUGUGUAUGGAACUAUAGUUUUGAGGCGAGAAGAAAACUUCUUUCUGUUGUGCCUCAGAAUACGCCGUUACAUCUGUCAUCCUGAGCACAGACAACUGAUUUCUGACAAACGUGAUAUUCGAUGUGCCUGUCAGAGACUUACCCUAUACGUAAGCCAUACAGUUGUUUAAUGUCAUAAACAACCUAAUAAUAAACGUACUCCGAUUAUGUCGUGGCAGACAAGGCAAAAACAAGCACGUACGGUCUCUAGUUUUGAGAAGGGUGGUUGUUAUGAACAAGACAAACUUGUGUUUGUAAAUUGAAACAGAGAAAAAAUGUACCUCUAUCUCUAAAACCCCAUAUAAAUCCCAGUGUGGAAGAUUAUUUGUUGUGCCGAGUGUAGAAGUUUUAUCCGCUGUUAUCAGAGUUGUGAUCCUUACGGUGGCUGUCGUCCUGCACAGCCAGUAAAUAAAUCAUCCUUAAAUCAACAA